AGCUUAUGAGCUUCGGUCAGAGCUCAGGGUCAGCCUUGGUACAGCGCCUGUGGAGCUGUUGAUCAACGGCCCAAAAAUGACAACUUCACAGAGCAACAAUAGAAGGAAGUUUGCUAGGAAAGCCAUGGUAUAAGGUGACAGGGGCCAACAGAAGCUGAAUAAGAGCGACCUUGAUGACACUGUAGCCCUUAAAUUCCAUGGCACGACACCAGAGAGGGUGGGAUGCAUUAGAUAACUGCUAAAAGCACGCUAGUGCACCUGUUCCUCUGCCUGACUGAAGGUCAUUAUGUAACAAAGCACGAGUUUGAAAGGAACCCAACCCUGCUCUCCCUUACCUGGGAAACCCCACGUCAUUCCUCAGGGCUUAUAGAUGUGAAUUAAGCAAGGACUUCUGUAGAUGAUGUUUAAUGAAUGGCUUAGAUUAAUGAAGCACCUAUGUGUUGACUUAAUACUAUAUCUUUAUGUUAGCUAUGUAGAACAGAUAUGUUGCCGUUGUUUAAAAAUGCUAAGAAAAUGGUCUUCCCCUGAGACACUGUUAAUUUAAAAGUCAAUGUCUGGCAAGCACAGAAAGCUUUUGUGCUUUGGUCCACAAUGCUAUCACCAAAUGGCCUCGCCAGACUGGCAGACAGAGGAAGAGAGGGGGGUUACUGACUGUCUGCAGAAAUAUAAAACGGCCCCCCUACCGGAAUCGAUGAACUCUACCUGAAACCUGUGCUUAGUUACCACUAAUCGGCCAACCGCACCUAGACCAUGACCAUCUGGUAGAUAACCAAGCAAAACUUCACGAGCCAGCGCUGGACAUGGCAGCUGUUGGCGCUCUUUUCUUUUUGCUCCCAGUUUCUUGGGCCUGCGCUCCUCAGAAAGCUGAUUAUGUUAUGGUUUCCUGUUUUCCAAAUGCAAUCAUUGCGAAUGUUCCUGAGUGCCCGUACGGAUGGGAGAUAGGGCAGUUGUCUCUGGGUGGUGUGUGCUAUUCAGGGAUCAACACUCCUGGCUUCUACCGCUUUACAAUCCCCGACCUCACACCCAAAAACCACUCGUACUGUGGCACCCUGUCUGAGUAUGUUGGAGGCAAAGACCCGAAGUACAUUUUCUACAACUCCAUCGUGUCGAACGAUUCCUCGCUCACAGUGCGGAACCAGCCAGUCAACUACACCUUCAGCUGCACAUACAAAGCGGCUUACCUGGUCAACAACGCGGUCUUCAGCCAAAGAGUGGCAACAGUUUAUGUCAACAACGGGAGUUUAGGUUCUUUUAAGUCUCAGUUGUCUAUGAACGUUUUCACAAAUUCAAAGUUCCUGUAUGCUAAGGAUGCUCCAUAUGUUAUUGAUACAUCAGAAAUUGGCUCAGAGGUUUUUAUUGGUAUUGAAGCAAAAGGACUGAGUAACAGGUUUAAGGUGGUUAUAACAAACUGCUGGGCAACACCUACUCCAUAUUCAACAGACAGGAAGAGGUGGAGCUUGAUUGUCAAUAGCUGCUCCUCAGAUAAUACAGUCACCAUAUUUGAGAAUGCCAAAGACAGUCGCUCCAUGUUCAAGUUUAAUUCGUUCCGCUUUCAGCGCUUAGAGAAGGUGUCCACGGUCUGGCUUCACUGUGAAGUUCAAGUGUGUGAUGGAGAAAAGCUCUUCUGUCAGCCGACUCCAUGCACUUCGAGGAGCACCAAACUGCAAUCUGACCCCAGCGGAGGAAUUUUGACAAUGGAGUUUCAAAUCAGAGCUGAGCAUUCCUCCAGUUAUACACAUCUUGCAGGCACGUUUUUAUGCAUGCUGUGUAUGAUUCUGCUGAAUGCCAUUCUAGGUUAUACCAGUUUGUAAAGGUGGAUGGUUUGGUAAAUUCUCAAAACGCAGUGAAACACACUUGCUGCACAAUGUUACAAAACAAUUAAAUUGCAUUUUUUGUUUGCAAUAUUUAUUGCGAAAUUUAAAAACACAGAAAGUUUUACCAUAAUCCACCAGAAAACACAAGAUAUCAAAGAUCCAACAUGUAAUGAAAUAAUACAAGAAUAGGAGAAACUGUGUGAUAUUGGGCUGAUAUUUGAUUAUGGCAUUUCCUUUUUAUCAUAUUCCAAAAAAGCAUGUCCUGCAAUUUUGAUUAUUGCUCAUGCUUAAACUUUGUACUGUGCAGCCCUCUUACACACACACACACACACACACACAUACACACACACACUCACACAGAACAGCCAUACAAGGGUCUCAGGGAGUGUAACACACAUUCCUCCUCCUAAACACUUGCAUACAUCUUCACUUUGUUUAGCAGUCUUGUACACUUGAAGCAGAUAUGUGAGACUAGUUACAUAGUUAAAAUGCACAAGAGUCGGAAGCAUGACCCUCACUGAUAUCCUGCUCCAGUGGCAAGAAAAUACAUCUUGCUUUGGUUUGAUUAGAAAUAAUGUCUUUAUAAUAUUUGUGUCUUAAUUAAAAAACUACAUCUAA